AGCGCUUCCGGGGCGGUCGGAACUGCUCAGCGCCAAGAUGGCGGCGGCCGCGGUCGGAGUCUCCUUGAGGAGCGGAGUCCCCGCACGACUCUUGCGGGCUGGGCCGCGGACGGUGCUCCGGCAGGCGCAGACGGCGGCGGCGGCUCCGCGCCUGAAGAAAUUCGCCAUCUACAGAUGGGACCCCGACAAGGCUGGGGACAAACCCCGCAUGCAGACCUACGAGGUGGACCUGAACAAGUGUGGGCCCAUGGUGCUCGAUGCCCUGAUCAAGAUCAAGAACGAGAUGGACUCCACGCUGACCUUCCGCAGGUCCUGCAGGGAGGGGAUCUGCGGCUCCUGCGCCAUGAACAUCGCCGGCGGCAACACCCUGGCCUGCAUCAAAAAAAUCGACAGUGACCUCAGCAAAGUCACCAAAAUCUACCCCCUGCCCCACAUGUACGUGGUGAAGGACCUGGUGCCGGACCUGAGUAACUUCUAUGCCCAGUACAAAUCCAUCGAGCCCUACCUGAAGAAGAAGGACGAGUCCAAGGAGGGCAAGCAGCAGUACCUGCAGUCCAUAGAGGAUCGCCAGAAACUGGACGGGCUCUACGAGUGCAUCCUGUGUGCCUGCUGCAGCACCAGCUGUCCCAGCUACUGGUGGAACGGGGACAAGUACCUGGGCCCUGCCGUGCUCAUGCAGGCGUACCGCUGGAUGAUCGAUUCCCGGGAUGAUUUCACCGAGGAGCGCCUGGCGCAGCUGCAGGACCCGUUCUCGCUGUACCGCUGCCACACCAUCAUGAACUGCACCCGCACCUGCCCCAAGGGGCUGAACCCUGGCAAAGCCAUCGCUGAGAUCAAGAAGAUGAUGGCGACCUACAAGCAGAAGGCAGCGACUGCCUGAGGGCUGAGUGACCCUGGAGUGACCCCAGAGUGACCCUCACACCUGUGCCAGGGUUACCUGUGCACCUGCAAUAAAGGCUGUAAAGAACA